UCUCAACUUAACGGGCCAAAAAUAAAGGCCCAGUUAUUCAGUAUUCAGAAACCUCUUUCCGUCUCCUCUCGUUAUCAGCAGAAAUUGGGGUUUUAGAGUUCCGUCCCCUCCAAAAAUUCUGUGUGUUUGAACUUUAAACCCUACCAAUUUCGCCGGCAAAAAUGAAUUUCACCGUCAAACCAGUUUCCGGCAAACUCAACCCCGGUCACCAGACGCUCCUCCCUUCAGUCCAUCACCACCGACCGCUAUUUUUAAGACCUAUUUCUUCAAUCUCCUUCAGAACCAGCCCUCCGCCUCGUUCUCCGUCCUUCUCGCUCGCCCUCGUUAGAGCUUCUUCAUCUUCCUCGUUUCAAAUUUCGAACGCGUCUUCGGAGGAAAACCCUUCUUCUCGUCUGCCCAAUAAAUCCCUAAAUCCCCUGCAAAACCCUAAUGGUUAUUCUACCUCGGCUACUCCGGCUCUGGCAGGAUUCCCGUUCUCAUUCAUCAAAACCACACUAAUUGCCACUGCUGCCGCCGCAGCGAUCUUCUUUUCGAGGUUUAAGUUUUUCAACGUGAAGCCCGCCUUUGCUGCACUCUCGACUGGGGUUGCAGCCACUGUUGAAACUGCCCCAAACGACGUCGCUGGAGAGGAGGAAAAGGAGAAAAUGCUCGAGGAACACUUGGAUUCGAACCCAUCUGAUGUCGAAGCCCUGAGAAGCUUAAUGGAGAUUCGAAUUAAGAACAAUAAAUUGCAGGAAGCGAUUCUCGUCGUGGAUAAACUCAUAGAGCUGGAGCCGGCGGAAGUGGAGUGGCCUUUGAUGAAAUCUCAUUUGUAUAUUUACAGUGGGGAUGCUGAGUCCGCGAAAAAGGGGUUUAGCGAGAUCAUUUCAAAUGACCCUUUCCGGGUGGAGGCUUAUCACGGUCUUGUGAUGGCUGAAUCGCAGGACGAUUCAAGUGCUGAAUUGACUCAAAUUGAUGAGAAAAUUCAAGAAGCUAUGAAAAUGUGCAAGAAAGAAAAUAGAAAGAAUGACUUGAGGGAUUUUAAACUUUUGCGUGCACAAAUUCUGGUUAUUCAAGGGAAGUACAACGAUGCUCUGAAUUUGUAUCAGGAAUUAGUUAAAGAGGAGCCCAGAGAUUUUAGGCCCUAUUUGUGUCAAGGGAUAAUAUACACUCUGUUGAGGAAGAAUGAUGAAGCUGAAAAGAGUUUCGAGAAAUAUAGAAGAUUGGUACCCAAGGGGCAUCCUUAUGCUAGGUAUUUUGAGGAUAAUAUGAUCGCCACAAAGGUGUUUGCUCAGAAGGUUGAAAAGGAAAUGGCCACCUCCAAGAGUUAAUACUGCACUGGUGAAUCUCACAUGACAUUGCGGUAUAAUGAGCCUUUUGUUACUGAUGUUGCUAUUAUUCGCUUUUUAUGAGUAUUGUUGCGGUAUAGCUCUUCGUUGUUUCUUUUCAAUUGUAGGAUGUGUUAUAAAAGUUUUAGUGAUUAGAGUUUUAUAUGGAGAUUACAGGGGGUGGGGAAGAUUUUGUGGUUUGGGCAGUGACGUUAUUGGCUUCUGGGCGCUCAUAUUUAGAGCUAAUCAUUUUAAAAUGGUAUUUCCGAUUACUGCAUGAUUCAAUCUCAAAGAGAAAGAAGAUGGAGAACUUUUAUCUGUUUUGGUGUUCAUUAGUAGGUAUGUUUUACGCUUGCUAGCAUUGUGUGCUCGUGUAGGCUACCUUUUUUGUUACUCGUUCAUCAAGCAAAACUCGCUUUCUAUGCACUCGGAGAUCUUAGUCUUGCAAAUGCUUGUUUCCAAUACAAUGCUGAAUGUGAACGGGUGACAGGUUUUUACUUUCAGAACUCCUUGAAGUAACUAUUUUCAAACUUGAUUCUAGACUUGUAUACAUUCAUUGAUAAUCUCGAUUAUUGACUGUCAAUCUGUGUGAAUUAUACUAGUCAAAAGCUGAAAGAUGCUGAGGAUGAUAAGUUAGAACAAUCUUCGUGCUGAUAGUAUUAUCUAUUGUAAGAGGACUUUUGAGUGAGUUAUAUACAUUUGUGUUGAUACUGGAGAAUGCUUGCUUUGCAUACUUUCCCGGAGAUGGAUGUUUUGUUUAGGCUUUAAGAUAAUUGUUCGCUAGUUCCUGCUUUCUCUCAUGCUACCAGAUCUUGAUGUGAUGAUGAGUUGUGGUUUUAGUUGAUACAAGAAUUCAUGAUCAAGGUUGCAUCUUACACUUGUUUUUUUUUUUUUUGGCAAUUUGAGCUUUAAAGUUUAAACUUUAAACCCCUGAUGAUAAGGUCCCAUGCUCUGUGCUAUGCCGCUGCUUACUAGCUCCAUCUUCCCUAUUCAGUGCUUUGAUGUAGGCUCUUUGCUUCUGUCUUUGUUAUGUUUAUGAGUCAUGUUGAAACUUGAAACUGGAAUUCGGGUGACAUUUUUCCUGCCUGUAUUCUUGGUAAGAACCCAGAAACUACUUCGUCCAUUUUUA